GCCAAGAAGUUCGACUCGCCGACCUUCUCUGUGCAUGUGGGCCUGGACACCAUCAAGGUCCGCUCCCAGUACCUGUGGAGGCUUCUGGAGAGCCCUUGCAAGGGCAAUGUCACCCGGCAUGAGGAUGGUCGCCACACAGUGCGGAUACACAAGUACUCCUAUGAGGCGCUUCUCGCUUAUGGCCAGUAUCUGCACGAGGAUCGAGUGGACUGCAGGCCGGAGGUGGCCGUGGAGCUCCUGGAGCUGGCUGAGGAGUAUGUCGACUCGACCGGACUGGCCGAGAAAUGUGCUCAGCUGGUGAGGCGGGCGGCCACGGCCGGGAGCCUGGCACAAUGCGUCUCGUCGUGCCUUUUCCUCCACCGCAGCGCUCUGGCCGUGGAGGUCACAAAGCUGCGACUUUGUGUGGACAAUGCCUGUGACAUCAUGCAAGUGGUCGACGCGUGUGACCUCAAUGACCCGCAGGCGCAAUACAUUCAAGAUAUCGUCAUGAACUUCGCUGCUGGCAAUGCGACUGCCAUCGUAAAGUCCGAACGCUUCAGCUCCCUGGACGAUACCCUCAAGUCCCGACUCUUCGUGAAGCUGGCUUCCAUGGGUCUUCUGAAGACCUGA